AGGUAGGUAGUUAGGUUAGUAAGAUAUAUUGAUAUAAGAGGCACAGGCAGACAAAAAGUUUCUAUAGGUCUGCCAUUUUCCCUCCAUUGUUCGUUGCUGACUCCUCUUUUUUGUUCUCUCUCUUUCUCUCUCUCUCUGAUUCAGUUCUUUCCUUUAUUCUCGCCGCUCUCUCUCCCAAUUCUCCACCCUUCCUUUUCUCUCCUCUCCACUGCAACACCAAGACCAACAAACUCCCCCAUCAUCCGCCAUUGUUACAGAGCUUCAAAAACAGAGAGAGAAAAAAAGCAAAAAAGAAAGAUCAUAACAAUGUCUGAAAUCUCCAUCUCCAAGAAAGAAUUUGGACUGUCCUCUGUUGUUCUUCAGUUCUUCCAUUUCGUCUUCUUCCUUCUCUCUCACCCUCUUUACUUCUCUUACUUCAUCUUCUUCUUCCCUUACUUUCUCAAGCUUCUUUCCUUUCUUUCUCCUCUCUUCUUCACCACUUUUCUCCUCCUCUUUGCCUUCUUCACUCUGCUUCUCUCAUCUUCCUCUGAUCUUCACCUUCACUGUGUUCGUCAAUUUGCUGACAAUUCCAAGAUGGGGUUUCUUGCUACUACUUACCAAGUUGUUUUUGACAGUUUGCGUCCAAGAACGCCGGAGGAAAUCGAUGAAUUUCGCCCCAUGGAAGAGCUUGAAGCUUAUAAAAUCGUGUUUGAGACUUACACUUUUGGUACUGAACAGAAUCUCUAUGGCGGUGAGGAUAGUGAAUUCAAUGUCCCGGAAGUGGAAGUGGAAGUCGACUAUGAAGAGUCGAUGGGGGAUUUUCCCGGGAAAAUCUUGGAUGUGGAAAUCGACUGUGAAGAUUCCAUGGAGAAUUUUCCCGGGAAAAUCUUGGACGUGGAAGUCGACUGUGAAGAAUCGAUGGAGAAUUUUCCAGGGAAAAUCUUGGAUGUGGAAGUCGACUGUGAAGAAUCGAUGGAGAAUUUUCCCGGGAAAAUCUUGGACGUGGAAGUCGACUGUGAAGAAUCGAUGGAGAAUUUUCCAGGGAAAAUCUUGGAUGUGGAAGUCGACUGUGAAGAAUCGAUGAAGAAUUUUCCCGGGAAAUUCUUGGAUGUGGAAGUCGACUGUGAAGAAUCGAUGGAGAAUUUUCCAGGGAAAAUCUUGGAUGUGGAAGUUGACUGUGAAGAAUCCAUGGAGAAUUUUCCCGGGAAAAUGGAGGUUUCCCCGGAAAACCCCUUGGCCUACGAGAAUGAAGCGAAAACAGGGGAAUGCGAAGAAAAAAACGAAAAGAAAGAAGAGAUUCAGGAUUCAUCGAAGGCGAUUGAAAACGAAAUGAUCAAAAAUUUGAGGAAACUGACAGAAGAAUCAUCGAUUUCUUCAAGAUCGGAAUCGAGUCCAUGGAGUUCACCGGGGAGUUUCAGCAGAGAUUAUUCGCUCGGAAGUUACGGAUCGAUGAGGAAGGAGAAAGAAUGGAGAAGAACACUCGCGUGCAAGCUCUUCGAAGAGCGACACAAUUCAGAAGGAACAGAGGGGAUGGAUUCGCUAUGGGAGACAUACGAGAAGAGCGAAUGGAAUAAAUUGCAGAAGAAUGAGAAAAUCAACGCGAAAUCGAAGAAAGGGAAGAAACUUAAAGGCAAAGAGGAAGAUGAAGAUGAAGAUGAAUAUGAAGAUCGAGAAGGGCAACUUUGCUGUUUACAGGCUCUGAAAUUCUCGGCGGGGAAGAUGAAUUUGGGAAUGGGGAGACCUAAUCUCGUGAAAAUGUCGAAAGCUUUGAAGGGAUUCGGAUGGUUGAGUAGACAUGGAAGUAGAAAGAGAUCGGUCCAUUGAUCCAUUCAUCCAUUGUUUUAGGGUUUUGGUUCUGGUUCUGGUUCUGGUUCUUCAUUCUACACUGUUAAUGGCGGUUUCUUCUUCUUCUUCUUCUUCUCUGUUCAUCAUCAUCACAAUUCUCCAUUUUCAUCUCCUUGUUUUUUGGGUGUGAGGUUUUUCCCCCUUCUGAUUCAUCUGUUCAGUACAUAUUUUAAUUCAUCAACCCCGUGUAUUCUAAUUCCAAAUUAGAUGGGCUCCGAACCAAUGUCUUACAUCAUCUAGUGAUUCGCUCUGAUACUAUACUGCUAGUAGAUAUUAUUUGUUUUAGCUCA